AUGGGUUUCCCGCAAAUGCCUUCUUUACCUCCUGAACUUCUAAGACAAGAACGAACAAACAUUCAACAAACUAGGAAAAAUUCAACCCUUCUAGAAUACUCUUCCAGCCUUCGGGGGGUGCCCAUGGCUUACAACAACAUCAAAGUGGUGGGCGAGCUCAGGGACAUUUUAGACCAAGAGUUCAUCCACCUGAACAUCGAGGAGGACUUCAUCAUCUUCAGCCCCAAGAAGGGAAAAAAAAUGGUGGGUGUAAUUAAUAAAGUGGCCCGUAGUCAUAUUGGCUGCCUGAUACAUGCAUGCUUCAACGCUUCUAUCCCCAAACCUGAACAAACAUCAGUUGUACAGUGGCAAGAGCUGGGGUUAAAAAUAGGGGAUGAACUGAAAUUUCAAGUAUUGCAUUUGGAUUCUAAUGCAGCUGAGGUGGUUUUCAUUCGAGGAGGACUAACUAAGAGCAGCAUGAGGCCAAAGAAAUCUGAAACCAUCACUGACAGUACAAAUGGAGAUGAAAUUCCAAAGCUUGACCACCAUUUCAAUGACUUUGAGGGAGGUAAUGUCACACAUCAGCCUCUAGGUGAGACAGAUAACACUGGGAGGGAAAAUGGAGAAGAGCAGAAUGUUGAUGCUAUGAAUGGAGUAUAUGAUGGUAAGAAGAAGAAGAAAAAACAUAAGCAAAAAGAACAGGAACACGUAUUGCCUACUAGUGACUCCAGUGGUUACCAAGGUGACCAUAAAAAGUCAAACAAAAAGAAAAGAAAGCAUUGCGAUGGUGUUGAAGAAAGUGAAUUAUCUCAGAUGUCACAAGAGCCCAAAGAAACAGGACUAAACGGCCUUUCCGCCCCAGGGAGCGGCAGCACAAACACUUUCACUUAUGCCCUGCCCUCCCCACACAGCCGACAACGCCUCCCGCCCCUUCCUGUGGCACAGCUGUCGUCAUCUUUGUUACAGGAAUGGCUUUGCGGCCGCCAUCUUUGUGACCGGAAUGGCUUUACGGCCGCCAUCUUUGUUACGGGAAAUGGCUCGGUCGCCACGCCAGAGCGUCCGAGUUUGAGGCAGGGAAGUCGUGGCCGCGUCCACGGCGCCUGA